AAACUACGUUUUAACAUCUAUACGUAAUACAUGCACAUGAUCGACUGUAUUCAUUCAUCUAUAAAAGGUAAUGAACCGAUACCAAUUUUGUUUGUGUGAUGAAUCUGCAAAUCAUAAAAGAGGUUCUUGAAAGCUAAUUGGUUCCAUGAUUACAUCACAAAUAUAUUAAACAUUGGUUCUUCAUUUCUUUUUAAGUUCAGGAAGAUCCAAUUAACAAAUGAUUUGUCUCUCUAAAAUACAACGUGUCAGAGUGAAACUAUAAAGCAUGAUAUAAGGAAAAAGAAAACUGGUUAAUAGAAGUACUAUUAAUACAGAUUAAAUCACAUAUUUAACCAGAAAUAUCGGUAAAGGAAUAAAACAGCUUACUUAGGAGUUAACGUUUUUCACUUGAGAAAAUCCCACAAUAUCAUAACAAUACUUCCUACAUCUCUGCAUGAACCACAUUUUUCUUCUAACGUUACUUUUUUUCUUUCUUCUAUAGCUUUUGACUUAAUCUUCAGUGUUGAAGAAUUGCUUUUCUCUUCCUAUUCUCUGUUUUUCUCCAUCGUUACAUAGUUCCGUGAACCACAAGCUUGUAUUCCUUCGACAACAAGUUAGAGUCACAAUCUCUUUCGAUUAAACAGAAAGGCUACUACAAAAAUGUCAGAUGGAUACUCGAAGAACACUAUGACCCGAAACUCAAAGCCACCAGAUCUUGAACUCUACGUGAAAGGAGUCCCAUUUCAUCUUCACAAUGAAACUUUGGCUAAGAAGUCUGCCAAAGUGACAACACUACUCGAGUGUAAGAAGAUCGAUGAACUGCGGUGGAUCCUCAAAGACAUUGACGUGGAACCGACAACCUUCUUCCUCGUGGUUAGAUUCUGCUAUGGCUACAAGAUCCAUUUAUCAUCUGAAAACAUCCUCUCUGUUCUCUGCACCGCUUAUUACCUAGAGAUGAACGAUGAUCACAUCUCUAAUAACUUGCUGAACAAGGCAGUAACGUUUUUGGAACAACGACUUCUUAUGAGCUGGAACGAGACGGUGAAAGCUCUUGCUGUCUGCAGCGACAAGAUUCUUGACAAAAUCUCUGUUGUUGGACUCACUGAAGUCUUCUUAGACUCUCUUCUCGAAAAGGCUCUCAAAGAUCCUAGUUUACUCGAAUAUCUUACUACGUUACCUCUUAGGUUAUAUGAACCAUUGAUCCAGGAAGCUAGUAAGCACAAUGUCUCGGUCGAAAACCUCGUGGAAUCGGUCUACAACUACGCGAAAAGAUACGUUUUCGAGAAAUAUUCUGGAGAUGAAAGCGUUUCAAGAAACAAGAGACAAGUUCUUGAAGCUGUUGAGAGGCUUUUGCCUCACCAAAGAGGAGCUAUCUCCUGUGGAUUCUUGUUCAAAUCUCUUAAAGAAUCGAUGUUUCUCGAUGCUUCUCCUGACUGUCGAAAAGGGUUUGAAGAUAGGAUAAGCAAACAGCUAGAUAUGGCCACAUCAAAAGAUCUUAUGAUUCUAUUACCAAACAAAGUGGGAGGAGGAGCUUAUGACACCAACCUCUUGAAAACCAUUCUCCAGAGCUUCUACAGUAACUACAACGUCUCUGACGUUUCGAGGUUUGUGAGCGUAGCAAGAAUGCUUGAAGAGUUUCUAUUGGAUGCUGCAGCGAGUGAUGCUGGUUUAAGUGUAGAAACGUUCAAGGCGUUUGGAGAAAUAACGUUUGCUGCGUCUUGCGAUGUUUUGAGAUACUCUGAUGGAAUCUACAGAGCGGUUGAUGUGUUCUUGGAGAGGCAUAGAGAUGAUCUGACUGAAACUGAGAAGAUGGAAGCUUGUAGAGUUCUUGACUGCAAGAAGCUUUCGCCUGAGGCUUGUGAGCAUGCUUCGAAGAAUGAGAAGCUUCCGUUGAGGAUUGUUGUGCAGGUUUUGUUCUUUGCUCAAAAGCAGAUUCAGGAUAAGGUGGCUAGAGAAAUGGAAAGUGUAGAGGAUAAAGAUGACGAUGAUGACAUUGAGGAUAUGAAUAAGAAGCUGCUGAGGCUUGACAUUGAGUCUGAUUACAGUGAGAAAAGAGAGAUUGAGAAUCUUGAAUGUGUUGUUCAUUGCGUGAAGGAGAAGAAAGAAGAGAGGAAGAUAAGUGUGUGGAGAGAAGUGAAGAGGAAGUUUGGUUGUAUGACUUCUUUGACUGUGGAUGCUUGCAAUUGUCACAUCAAGAAGAGGAAGAAGACUUAUCAUCACUACAAAUAACAACUUUACUCUAUUCUUGUUCUGUUACAAUUUUACUUUUAUUCUGUUUUUUUCUCUGUUUUGGCAAAGUCUCCUGUUUCUGACUUUUGCUCUAUUUAAUUUUCCUCAUAUUUUGGCCGGGGGGGGGGGGGGGGGGGG